UCAGCUGGCUGCGGCUGAGUUGUGUGUUGGAGCGCACUAAGGUCACAGCACAGACAGAUUGCUUCAUACAAUACCAGUCAUAUUUUCUACCUCCUAUUCAGCUGAGCAGCUUUAGGUUUAGAAGAGUGUUUGUGUUUUUUAAAUUAAAACAACAAAUUUAGAGAAACAAAAAAAGACAUUUAAAACCAAAAAAAAAAAAAAAAAGAUAUUAGAUAUCUGGGAUAUUUCUUGGACUGGAUUACCUCACAUCUCUCCUACAGUGGCUGUAUCAUCCUCACCAUCAAGUCUGGGAAGCUGACUACAGAAUGGCUGCACUCCUGUGGGCGAUGGUUCUGUCUCUGUUCCUGCAGGGAUGUUUGUGCAGUGUUGGGGAGACUAACCAAGGCUGCAGGCUAUGGACUCCAAAAGGACAAGAUGUUUGCUGUAACGCCUGUCAUGCUGGACACCGUCUUUUCCGUAAGUGUGGGCCAAACCCGAAAGAUCUUUGUGUUCGUUGUGAGUCCGGGACAUUUACAGUGAACCCUCUAAACUACAGGUGUAGCAGGUGUACACAGUGUGUAGGGGCUCAAGUCCAUAUGCAAGACUGCACAGCCACAUCUGACACAAAGUGUGGCUGUAAAGAAGGACUCAUCUGUGGUGAUGACAGCUGCUCCUACUGUGUUACAAAGUGUGACAAAGGUUAUGAACCUACUAAGAAUGGUUCUUGCAGAGCAUGUCCAGAGGGAACCUUCAACGACCAAAGUCACCAGAUGUGUAAACCCUGGAGUACCAAGUGUCCCAAUCCAUUUGAACAUAUCGUGGCCAAGGGGAAUGCCUUCACUGACAUUCAGUGUAGUGUUUCACAUAAGAUCGCCACGACACCUGCUCCCAAACAACAGGGAUGGGAAGUGGGCCUGACUGUAAUCACCAUCGUAGCUCUGACGAUCUUUUGCUUCAUCGUCAUCGGCAUUGUAGCCAAGAAAAUCAUCAAGAAACGGCCUAAAGAAGAAGAAGAAGAAAAGCCAGUCACAAAAACACUGAUAAUCAGAACCCCUACAGAUGAUCCUCAGACUUUGAGAGCAAUUGAGUGCAGCUUUCAUGAGGCCCAGCAGGAGCAGGGCAGCAGCUCAGAGUCGCUGGCCUCCAAGGACUCCUCGGACCAGCUCAUUGUAUGAAUCGAAGGGGCCAGAGUGCCACCCUGAAGUACCUGUUAUUUGUUGAAUUGUGUGAAAGGAAACAGGAUAUCCUGGAUAAGAAGGGGUCUUUCUUUGCAAUACUGAGCCAGACUUUUAGUAGGAAGUCUUUUCUGGCUUUAAAUGAAAGAAACAGAGCACUGUGUUUACCUAUCUGCCUUUUAUCCACUCUUUUUUCCUAGAAUCAGAAUAAUGAAAGCUACUGUGAAACUCCUGAUGGGUCAGGUUAGAGAUAACAUUUAACUCUACAAUUACAGCAGGAUAUAAUUAUAGUGAUGAUAGAUUUACACAGGGGGAGGAAGGGGAAUUCAGAGAGGGGAAAAACUAAAGUGGACUUACAAACAUCUAUUCAUCAUGUAAAUGACGACAGACAGUGAGGUUGUGUUUUUUCCUUUCACUGAAGUGUGAAAUAUACAGUAGUUCUAGGAUAGCUUGGAAGUUUUGAAUUAUUCAGAGUUUGGCGCCAGAUAACAGUUACACAAAAUACCUCACAUUAAAACCCAAAGCCUUUUAGAAACCACUGGAAACAACUUUUUAAAAAAUGCUUUCAAUGUAAUUGAACUUGUGCCAAUGGACUGUAUAACAGAACACUGUAGCAUCUGAAUGAGUGUGAACUAGUUUCACUACUCUGAUAUUUGCAUACCUGAGCGGUAAAGCUGCUGAGUGGUGCUGUGUGUGAAUAGUGCAGGUGGGCGUUCAGCUGGGUGUGGAAACUGAAAGCAGACAGGUCUUCUUAGCCCACAUAGGCCUCCCAAAAUAGAUGCUUUGUUUUACCCAGGCACCGCUGACCAGCUUUGUACUGUUUACUGCUGCGUUUGUAGACUUCAGUGAGCCACACUGGACUCCGCCAGUCAUGAUUUUAUGAAGUGAAACUUUUAUGAUUUAUCGGGAUAGUUUGUUACUUUAUGUCAGUCUUUGUUUAUUAUUUAUUAUAUCUAUAAAACACACAAGAGUUCUAAGCAAAUCGAUCAUGUUGAAUACAGCAUGGCCUCUCCCACGCUACUUAACAUUACCAAGAAAUAAGGACUUUCCUACAAUUGCUUCAUUGGUGUCAAAAAGUCCAGUGAGGGGAGUUUCCAUUUUUGUAAAUAGGUAAUCCUACAAUGUUAAAUACCAGGGAAUCUACAGCACAUAGUUUGCAUAUCUCCUGUACCUUUGUGUUGUUAUUAUGAGGUGAAUAUCUGGGGAAAGGUUUAAGUGCACUUACACAAGCUCAGACAUGCCUCUUGAGCAAGACUUUGGCAGCACAGUGGGUAUCCCGGGUGGAAUAUUUAUUUCAGAUGAAAUGUCAGAUGGUGUGAUUAGUCAUGCCAUGUAGUGAAUCUUUGAGAUUCCCAUUACGUGCGUCAUGUGGGAAACCCUCUGGAUAAAUAUGAUAACACAGGGCACAUACCUGAGGCGCACGAGAUAUCAUAAUGAGGCUUAAGGGUCAUGUGGAACCAGUCAGUCCUGUGCUCUUACAGCUUAUCAUCUUGCCCAAUGAAGUGAGCAGUUAAAGACCAAGUGGAACUUUUUUUUUUUAACCAAACGCAUGUCUUUUCUAAACUGUAGCAGGCGUGUAUCUUUCUUCUGAAAUGGAACAUUUGCGAAAUGUGCUGUGUGGGCUUGGGGUUUAAUGUUAGCCCACACCUAUAGUAAUGUAUCAGUGACUGUGUAUGAGUCAUAACUCGAGCGUUGUGAUGUCUGCUAAAAGACCACAAAGUUCAUGGGUGCUGCCUUGACAAGAGUCAUCACAGUACAGUCAACGUCAUGUCAUACAGUAACAUUUUCAUAUGAAGUGUGGCACUUUAAAUAUCAAUUGUUACCAGGUUUAUUGUAUGCACUUCUGGUUUGUGUGAUAUGUGAAUUUAUCUUUCUGCCUCACAUUUGACUAACUGCUCUAAGACUUGUAUUUAUAUCUGUCUUAAACUGUCCAUGGGUUACACUGCAGUAUGCAUUCUGUUUGUACUUUUAUAACUUUUUACACAGACAAUAAAAAUGGGGAUUUUUUAUUUUA